UCCUCCAUUUCCAGUUGUGUUUGUCUUGAUGUGGAGAUGAUUGCCUCAGUAAGGAUGAAGAAGAUUGGCUGUGCUGGACUGCUUUUAAUAACAUGCAGCAUGGUCACUUCUACUGUCGGGACAGAAGUACCAGGGGAUGUGCAAGGGACAGACUGCACGCAGAUAAAAACAAACUUCCCAGAUGCAACGAGUGGCAUCUAUACCAUUCAUCCAUCUGGAUUAACAGACCCUAUCAAGGUUUACUGUGAGAUGCAGGAUGAUGGAGGAUGGACUGUUAUCCAGAGAAGGUCUGGUGGAAAGGUUUCCUUCAACAGGAACUGGGAAAAGUAUAAGUGGGGAUUUGGAAAUAUUCAGAAAGACCACUGGUUGGGGCUCGCCAAGAUAUGGGCUCUAACCAAAAGCAAGGAUCAUAAGUCAACACUCAGAGUAGACUUGUGGGACUUUGAAGGAGGUUCUGCCUAUGCUAAUUAUGAAGAUUUUUGGAUUGGUGGUGAGAAAACAGCCUAUAAGCUGCAUGUUGGAAAAUACAGUGGCACUGCAGGUGAUGCUAUCCGUGGGGCAUAUGCUGGCAUUGACCAAAAUGGUUAUGGUUUCAGUACACAUGACCGUGACAAUGAUGGGUGCUCCCCGUGUAUUUUCGGGGAUAUUGGGGUUAAUGAAUGUACUCGUGGAAAUGGUGGAGGAUGGUGGUUCAGCAGCUGUGGCUCAGCUGAACUGAAUGGAGAAUGGCACUCUGGGGAAAAUAAUCGUGGCUGGGCAUCUGGCCUCCACUGGCUCACCUGGAGAGGCCCUGGGCCCUACUCAGCUAAGGCAACACGCAUGAUGGUCAAGACCUUUUAGCAAUCAUAGGUUUGCGCAACUUAAACAAGCAGCAAAAUGACACACGAUACUUACAAUAUAUUCCAGUUUGACUAGUCUGUAUAUUUUUAGUUUGCUUAAGUGUUGUUCAGUUUCCUCAUCCUGUCUAUUAAUAAACACGUAGGCUAACAGGCCACCCAAAAGUGUAAAUGGACCACAAUUCCAUCCAGUGAUCUCCCACUUUAUGCGCAGUUUUACCAGGAUGGGCUUCAGAUCCAUCAUAACCAGAAUAAGAAGGAUUGAGUAAAUGUACUCUGUUAUUACACUGGCUGGCUUCAUUUAACACUCCUCAGGGCUUGGGAAUGUAGUUCUGUUUUCUGUUUUAAAUGUGUUAAUGUUGGUUAAAUGUUUAUGGAAUUAAAUCAUAUUUCAGAAUACAUCAGAAUAAGAAACACAUGUGUAAUCUUUAGCCUUGGGUUUAAUUUUGCUUUAAAACUUAAAAUGAUUUAAAAUGUACUGUUUUGUGAAAAGGCAAAUGAUAAAAUGCUGUUAAAGCACCAA